CUCAACAAAUGAAAUUGGUUUUUUUCUGAAACUGGCACCACUUUGUUUGGCAGAAAAAAAACGUACCAAGUUUGAAGCCUUAGUCAAACUCAACUUGGGUUUGGAUGCUUUGCAGAACCCACUAGUCUAUGAUCAGAGUUGGUUGCAAUUCAUGCAAAAUACUCAUUUGGGGGUAGAAGUAGAGACCCUUGGUUGCAUUUGGGUGUUCUUUUCCACUGUUGGCGGCAUCCUCAUUUAGAAGAGAAGAGAGGGUUUUGAUUAGAUAUGAAUUGCCUUUGGUUUGAUUUCAUUUGAUUUUUUUUUCAGUAUCAUUCUUUCAUUAGCAUGCCAUUUAAUCAGACUGGGCUAUGAAUUUUCUUGGAAAUCAAAGACAUUUGAUUGUUUUGCAAGAUCAGGGAGAGAGAUGAGGCAAUUUCAUACGAGGAACUUAUAUGUGCUUCUCUUUUUGGGAGCUUCUUUAGCUCUUGUCUCUGCACUAGUUCUAACAAAGGGCUUGAAGGGGUCUCCUCCAUGGCCAUGGACGACUACUGAUGCAAUGAGGCAGAAGGAAUUUAUGAAUCCGGGAAAUGGUUUGAAUGAGAAAUCUGUGAGGGAAAGGCUUAGGCCAAGAGAUGCAGAAUUGGAGAGGGUUGAAGCUGGUCUUGCAAGAGCAAGAGCUUUGAUAAGAGAAGGUACCACAAACUGGAGCAGUAUUUCAGCCCCUGUGGGUGCAGAUUAUGUUCCACAAGGCGACAUUUACAGGAAUGCUACUGCCUUCCAUCGGAGUUACCUGUUAAUGGAAAAACUAUUUAAGAUCUUCAUCUAUAAAGAGGGAGAGCCGCCGCUAUUUCACAAUGGUCCUUGUAAGAGCAUAUACUCCAUAGAAGGAGUGUUCUUCAGCUUAAUGGAAGGAGACACUCACUUCAGGACCCAGGACCCUGAUGAAGCCCACGUUUAUUUCCUUCCCUUCAGUGUUGUCAUGAUCAUUCACCACCUAUUCGACCCAAUCGUUCGCGACAAAUAUGUCAUGAAGCAUGUUGUAUCUGAUUAUGUUAAGGUUAUAUCGCAAAAGUAUCGAUACUGGAACAGAAGCCUUGGAGCUGAUCAUUUCAUGCUUUCCUGCCAUGAUUGGGGGCCUCGAGCAACCUGGUAUGUCCCUCAGCUAUACUACAAUUCCAUCCGAUUAUUAUGCAACGCCAACACGUCUGAGUGCUUUAAUCCAAGGAAAGAUGCAUCAAUUCCUGAAAUCAAUCUGAUAGAUGGGGAAACCAUAGGCCUUACUGGUGGUUUGCCCCCAUCUAAGCGAACCAUUCUAGCGUUCUUUGCAGGUGGAUUACAUGGCCGUAUUAGGCCUGCACUUCUUCAGCAUUGGAAGGAAAAAGAUGAACAGGUACAAGUUUAUGAAACUCUCCCAGAGGGGCUUUCUUAUCCUGACUUGAUGAAGAAGAGCAAGUACUGCAUUUGCCCAAGUGGGCAUGAAGUUGCAAGCCCGAGAAUUGUGGAGGCUAUUUAUGCAGAGUGUGUUCCAGUGUUGAUUUCACAGCAUUAUGUCCUUCCUUUCAGCGAUGUUCUUGAUUGGGGAUCGUUCUCGAUUCAAGUUUCGGUGAAUGAAAUACCAAACCUCAAGAAAAUCUUACUUGGAAUACCUCAAGAUCGAUAUAUAAGAAUGCAGGAGAGAGUGAAGCAGGUGCAACAGCACUUUGUGGUGAACAAUCCUCCCAAGAGAUUUGACGUCUUCCAUAUGAUAAUUCACUCAAUUUGGCUUAGAAGAUUGAAUGUAGCCAUUUAGAAUCGCAUGACUGAUCUAGUAUAUAUAUUGCAGGGGCUGAUGAUACACACAGAACAUAAAAUAUGGACAGUGUCACUAACAUAAAGUAAGAUUAAAACAAGUUCAUAG